GCGCGCGCGCGCCCCCACACCCUAUCGCACGAGUACAGUAGGUGAAUCCGGACGUACGGCGCACGAGUGAAAUGACCUAUCCCGAAACCGACCUGCCGCGAUAAGAGAGCGAGUCUCCCGGUUGUGAUCUCGCUAAUCGGUGCUUUCGAGUGAGUGACACGGCGAAUGUACGAGAACCCGCAAUGGACAUUGUAAUGGCCCAAAUUACAUUAAAUGGUUGUCAUUCGGGCGCAAAGCGAAAUGAACAGUAGUUGACGGAGCCAGAACCCUUCGACCGUGACCUGAGCGACCGUUCGCCAAAAUGAAAAACAGUGAGGAGUGUUUACCUCGACUUUGAGUCGCUCUAGUGGAAACAGUGUGAUAUUUGUGAAUCUUCGUUAGUUAUAAAACUCUGAAAGAACGUCGCGAACAGUGCUCAAACGAAAUAGAAGAAACCGCGGCAGACCCAUUCGAGGCGACGGCGGCCAUCGCAGGCAUGGGAAUCAAAGUCAUGAUGAAAGCUUUCAACAAGCCGAAAGACAUCCCGUCACAGGUGCCACCCCUGACGCCGGGUACCAAUAAGAAGAUGGCCGAGGCGCUGAAGGCUACCUUCGCCUCCUGGGAGAAGGAGCAGCUGCGUCUCGGCGUACCCAAAGAUCCUCGUCAAUGGAGCGAGGCGGCGGUGGCGGCUUGGCUGCGUUGGGCGGCGCGAGAGUUCUCCUUGGAGGGCGUCGCGUUGCAGCAGUUUGCUCGCGCGCAGGGCAAAGAUAUCUGCGCCAUGGGCAGAGAGGAAUUCGUAGCUCGAGCGCCGGCCUUCAUGGGAGACAUCCUCUGGGAACACUUAGAAAUACUUCAAAAAGACGUGGAGAAGGAGCGGUCGCUGCUAGCGAACGUGCCGCCCAACAUGUACGAGAGCAACGUGUGCCUGCCUGAGCUGCCCGACUACGUGCCGCCUCCUGCUCAUCACUACAACAACAAUAACAACACCGGAGGCUACACGACGGGCGGCCCUCGCGACGGCGGCGGCUACUACGGCGAGAGCGGCGGCCCACCCCCGGCGCCCACGGCGUCGUCACCCCUCGAGGAGUUCUACCCCCCGGAGUACCCGCCCCCCGCGGCCCCCGCGCAGCCCUACCUCGACGACUACUAUCACCACGCUCAUGCGCACACGCAGCCCCUCAUUGCGCACGAACACAAAUACCAGCCACACUCCUACACCAAGCCCUAUCCUAGAACGACGGGCGCGCGUUACGGCGAGGUGUACGGCGAGGCGUAUCCGGAGUACGGCGGUGCGUGCGCAGAGUGGGGCGAAUGGGCGAACGAGCAGCAUCCGCUGCCCCAAGAUAAGCUGCCCUAUCCCGCGGCCGGACCUUGUUUCACCGGGUCAGGUCCCAUCCAGUUGUGGCAGUUCCUGCUCGAGCUGCUCACGGACAAAAGCUGUCAAGGAUUCAUCUCGUGGACCGGAGACGGAUGGGAGUUCAAGCUCACCGAUCCCGAUGAGGUGGCGCGGCGAUGGGGCAUCCGCAAGAACAAGCCCAAGAUGAACUACGAGAAGUUAUCCCGCGGCCUUCGCUACUACUACGACAAGAACAUCAUCCACAAGACGGCGGGAAAGCGAUACGUCUACCGCUUCGUGUGCGACUUGCAGAGUCUGCUCGGGAUUUCGCCAGAGCAGCUGCACGCGAUGUACGAGCCCAAGAUGGAGAAGAAGGACGACGACUGAGCCCGUCUCCGUCGCACGCCUGACGCCUGACACCUGACACACAACAUUCGACAACCGAGCCGCAUCGAUAGCCAGCAUCGCUUAUUAUUUAUUCCUUGGACUCGAUCGAGGCGAUCGGUCGUUCAAUGAAACGUUACUCUUCACAGACGAAGUCGGAUUUGAUCUCAUUCGUGAAUGUCGUGUGGAAAUCCGUUCACCGCCGUGCCUUAACCCGCGAUCGUCGUCAACUCUGCCGAAAUCCGUUUCUCGUGUCUAUCGAAUGUGAAAUUUAUACAUAAAUUAGGAAAUUCAGCUAUCGAUUAACAAUACUGUAAAUAUAAGUUAAAUUUGUUACUUUAUAAUAAUUAAUUAGCUAUUAUAUCAUAGUAGACGAUAAGUGUUGUACGUUUGAUUCGCAAAUUGUUGCAAUGUGCGGUUAAACUGAUAAGAUAUGUGAUGGACAUAACUAAAUUUUAUUACUUAUCGAAGAGUCCAAAGACCGCGCGAAUCUUUCGUUCGCCGAAGGGCCUACGAUCGAACGCCGGCUGACGUCACUUGUCCUGAUCUCGUGGUAAGGGAUUGUAAUGUCUUACUAGUUAUGAAAUUAAUUAGUUGUAUUAUUUUCAAUUUUUAUAGCUCCUAGCGUAAACCGAAGAUAUUUCGAUAAGUUUAUUUUGUAAAGUAUUAUUCCUCCAUCAAUAUUAUACCGAGGUGAUUGCUUUUAGUCGUAAUUAUCCAGUUUUUACUUUUAUAUGAAGGUGCUGAGUGUGUGAGGUGGCUGUUUUUUCCGGCGAUGUCUUCCCGUUUAUUGUAAAUUGUGCGUUAAAACCCCGAUGAAAUGCUCUAACUACCGAUCAGAUAAUGUAUGUAUUGAUGGAAGAUUUGAAUUUAAAAAUAUAUAUAUUUACGAAA